AAUUUACUUUACCAGCUAUAACUUGUACAAUAAGAAUCAUGAUUUUUUGGUGGAAGAAAGAAGCUAUCAUACCAAUCUUAGACAUGAUUACGGAAGAUUGGAUAAAACCAAAAAAUGUGCAAGAAAGAAAUAUAAUGAUUAAAAAAGCGCAGAGUGCACGAAUAAUUGUUGCAUGUGCAUAUUGUAUCAUGGCAAUAGGAUGCCUGUUUAUCAUCGUUCCCCCUGGCCUUGGAAUGUCGAUGAGAUUAACGACCAAUAUUACUGAUCCAGGCAGAGUGGUGCCUCUACAAACUCAUUACAUUUAUGACGUAUCAAAACGACCAUUUUAUGAAUUAACGUAUAUUAGUCAAGCUGUCUACAUAAUUCUUUCAGUCUUGUCUUAUACUGGAAUCGAUCAUUUUCUUGGUUUGCUAGUUUUUCAUAUAUCCGGUCAAUUGGACAUUCUUAAGGGUCGUUUGAUACAUUUGGAUAAAUAUAUUAAUUCUGACGACAUAUUAAAGAAAUGCGUAACUCGACACAUUCGUUUACUUAGGGCCAUUGCCGUUAUUGAAGAUGCGUAUAAUAUAACACUUCUCUCAUUAUUUGCAUAUUUUGCAAUACUCUUCGCUUUCUACGGUUUCCGCAUAAUUAACCUAUUUGAUGAAGGAAAUGAUUUAUCGGUUACACACUUGAUAUUUUUUCUGUCAACAUUUUUCAAUCUAUUUGGACACAUGUGUCUGUAUUGCGCUCUUGGCGAAUUUUUAAUGGGCCAAUGUAAUGAAGUAUAUUAUGCAGCCUAUUGUAAUAAAUGGUAUUCCGAAACAAAAAUUGCACAAAACUUGCUGUUUUUACUGAUAAGAAGUGCUAAACCAAUUUAUCUCACAGCUGGAAAAAUAUUUCCUUUGACAAUGACCACAUUUUGCAGUGUUUUAAAAACAUCAGUUGGAUAUAUAUCCGUUUUGCAUACAACGAAACGUUAUUAGAAAAGUGAGAUAAAUCUAAACUUUUUGAUAAU